AUGCGAAUACGAGCUUUUCUCCUUGCCACACAGUUCUGGUGCUAUUCAGUCACCGCACUCUCCUUUGGAAACGAUUUCAACGGCACUAUCCCCUCGAUUCUCGGCAUCACGAACUUUUCCUAUCCUGCCGCUUCUAGCAACAUUGGUUUCGGCUACGCAGACGGCGUGGUGAACACUGACUACCACCAGCCCUGGCCCCUCGUCAAAAUGUACAAAUCAAGCGUGCACCUAAUCCGCUACUGCUACGCCGACCAAGCUUCCAAAGACGCGCUCCAUUGUUCCUGGCCCGCGGCAGAAAACCUUUGGCAAGAUGCCCUCGGCGGCAAGCCGAGUAAAGAGACGGGCUACAAUCUCCACUUCGUGCAAGCUUGGGCCGCUGGAGAAACCCAAUUCUGUUAUGCGGAAGGCACUUACGACCCGAAGACAGCUCAGGGCACGUGGAAUUGGAAGCUGCACAAUCGGCAGGAUGCGCUUGUAGUGGCAUAUCGGCCUGUCGAUGAGAAGGGCAACAAGCCUGCGACCUCAGCAAGUUUGGGAUAUACGCCUGAAAGCGCCUUGUUUCCGUGGCAGAGUCGCCAGGCGAGGCAUUACAUUCAGAUUAGCGACAAGGACGACGAGGUCAGGAUCGCGCAUGAGCUGGGCCAUGUCUUGGGACUUUUGCACGAACACCAACGCUCUGAUCGAGACACGGUAAUCGAAUACCGCCCCGAGAACAUCGCUGGUUACACCGAAGCCCUUGCCGCCGCCAUCAAAGACAAAGUCCCCGAAGCCGAAGCCCGCCAAAAGCUCCGCGACGACGUCCCAUUCUGCCAGAAAUACAAUUUCCGCGGCUCCGCAUACGUGAAAAACGCAGACCAGCCCGGCCCCAUCAUCGGCGACCACGCCCAGGGGCCUCUAGAUUUUGACUUCGACUCCAUCAUGAUCUACCCGUCCGACGCGCAGACCGACACCGCCGCCUGCCGCGCCGACCUUGCUCACUGUCCCAUUGUACGCCGUGCGGGAACGAGCAGCGACGGAAAGUCGAAGUUUGAGUAUAUUGCUGCGAAGGGAAAGCCGAGUGCGAAGGAUGUCGAGUUUGUGCGGAAGCAUUAUGCAUGGCGGGAGGAGGAGGUGAGCCAGCGGAGGAAGAGGAGCUCGAGGGAGGUUGGGGAGGUGAAAGUACAAAUCAAGAUUAGACGAUCGAAUUCGGAGGUACAGCGCGGAAUGGGUGGCUAG